AUGACGUUAUGUAAGAAAAAAUAUAAAAAUACGAUUUCAGAAGAUGACAAGAUAUUGUUUAAAACCUGCACAGAGUCUACUGAAUAUCUGCAUAUAUAUUUUAAGGAGUUGAAGGAACAUUUAUUUAGGCAUAAAAAAUAUGAGGAGUUAUUUAACUUUUGUUACAACACGCUGAGAAAUAUAAAAAACCCUGCGCUUUCACGAACCACGGCUCUUAAGGUUAUUAGUAUCGCCCUUAUUUUGAAUCCCCAAAAUGCAGAUAUGACAAUAAAUGGAGAUAUCCUCACAUAUGCAUAUAAACUUUUAAAAAGAAAUGAAGAAGGGACAAAUAAAAAGUUUUUCUUAUACUUUGGUCAUAGCACAAAUAAAGAAAAAGGUAGCUUAGUUGCAGAAUCGAAGAAUUUAUUUAAAACAAUUGAAAUUAUAAAAUCAAGAUAUCAUUUGAAAGAUGAAUCUUUUAUUAACAGAAUAUAUAACAAAAUACAGAAGAAGAAAAUCCAUAUUCCAGAUAGAUGUUCCUUAUCUUAUUCUACAUUACUAAAUGAUUUUAAAAAUGCAAAGAAGAAUCUAUUUGAAUUGCUUGAAACGGAAUUUGUAAAUCAUAGCAAGGUUGAUAAGGUCUAUUCUAAUUAUAUCAAAUACUUGAAUGAUGUAAAGGGACGAACCAUUGAAUUUCUGGAAAACGGAGAAUAUGAUUUCUAUUGUAAAUUUAUUGAUGAAAUGCAAGAAGAAGAAGAAAUAAACAUUAGGUAUGAAUCCUACCUACUAAGCAACCCAAUCACAUUUAAUGAAAAAAAAGAAGAAAAAGAAACAAACCAAGGGAGUACACCAAUACAAAGGGAAGAUUUAAAAAAAAGUUUGGACAAUAUAUUUUUAAACAAUCAAAUUAUUUGUGAAGAAACAAAAGAAAAAAGUGACAACAUGAAUAUGAACUUAAAUAACGAUUCUGGUACACUAAAUGAUGGAAGUUUUAGUUUACCAUCUGGAUCUAAUAACAAAAAAAAAUUUCGUGAAAAAAAAAAUGAAUAUAAAUCAUUAUCAAAAAACAGUUCUAGCAAUGUUACAAAAACUGUUGCAUCUAUUGUAAGAAAUACUUCAUCCAACAAAGAAGUUAGUACAGAAGUAGAUCUCAUGAAUAAAAAAAAAAUUCAUCCAAUUACGAAUGAUGAGAGUAUGAAAAGAGCAGAAAAUGAGUUAUUCAAAGGGAACAAUAUAUUAUAUAACGAGGGUUGCAUUAAAGGUAGGAUAGAAGAAAAGUCACUUGAUUUCCAAACAAGUGACUUACCCUUGGGAAGAAAUGAUAAAAAGGUAAUCACUACGACAAUGAAUGCCAUUUCAGGAGAUAUAUAUAAUGAAAAACAAAAGCAAAAAAAAAAAUUAAAAAAAAUAGAAAAAAUAGAAAAAAUAGAAAACCAGAUGGACUUAACAAAAACUGAAGAAGAUAAUAAAAAAAAGGAGCAUGUUUCAAUCCAAGAAGAAAACAACUCAUGGUCUAAUCAAAAGUUGGACAAUAUAAAUAAACAGGCAUGUAAUAAAACAGUUGCAUUUGAUCUUGUCGGGAAGGAAAAGGAUGCCAGAGAGGUGAAUUUAUCGGUAGAAGGAAAGACAGAAAAGACUAUAGGAAGUAACGAUAGUUUUAACGAGAUGGAGAUCGAAAUAAUAAAUGAAUUUAAUUCAUAUCUAAAUGAAGGAAUGAGCCAAGUUAACAAAAAUCAGAAUGAAUAUAAAAAUACGUUUAAAGAAUUUAACAACUCAGUUAAUGAUGGAAAUAAUGCAUUAUGGAAUAGCCUAAUUAAGAAGAGUAAUUUUUAUUCAAUUAAAGAAGAUUUUUUAAAUUAUAAUAAAUUUUUAAGGGAAAAACAAAAAGAUUCGAAAGAACAAACGUUGGGUGAUAUACUCGGUAUGAAUAAGUAUAUUGAUUUAAAAACCAAAAAAAAAUAUGUUAAUAAAAAUAGAAAAAUUAAUUCAGAUGAAUUAAAUCAUAUCAUAUACAAAUUUACGAAUAAUUUAACUCAGAACAGAAUAUUAAAAAAGGAAAGUAAAUUUUUACCAGGAAUUGAGGAAACAUCUGUUAUUCAGAAUGAGGCAUCCCUGGGAGAAGCAAAUGAAAAAGACAAAUGUCCACCCCUACGACCACUCCAAAGAAAUGAUAAUACUCGUAUAAACUCCUUUAACAAAUAUUUUACUUUCCAUGACAAUAUAUCUUAUGUGCAGGAUUCGAUAUUGAAGAAUAAUUCCAUCUUGCUUAAGGACAGCAACAUUGAGAUAUCAAUCAAUCAGCAAUACUACGGAACCAAUGGAAUCCUAAAAAUUUUCUUGAAGAACAAAAAAUUAGUUAAUUACUAUGACAUGGAUAUACAGAUAUCCAAUAAGAUUCUCUUUCCCUUGAAAUUCAAGUUUUUGAGCUACGAGAAUAUGCUAUGUGCGAAUGCUGUGAAUUGUUACGAAAUGGCCGUGAAAUGUGUACACAUGUACAAGGGAUUUCCUCUAAUUAAAAUUUCCUACAGAAUGCAAGACAUGUUCAGAAAAAGUAUAGAGUUGAGAUUACCAAUUCCAAUCAAUAAAUUUAUGAAGAACAUUAAAAUCACAAAAGAUGUUUUUGUUAAAUUUUGGAACAACGAAAAUUUUAAUAUAUAUAAAAAGGAAAAAAUUAUCAACAAAAUAGAUACAUUGGAUAAGGAAAAAAUCCUUCUGUUCUCUUCAUUGGGAAACGCAUUAAGUGUGUGCUAUAUAGAGGACAUGAUUUAUUUGACUGGUUGUUACGCUGAUAAUUCAAAUGCACUUGAGAAUUAUUUUGUUCUGGUUGGAAUAGAGAUCAUAAAAAAUAAAUUGAAGAUCAUUUGUAAAUCAAAUAAUCCCACUCUUUCUUCAGCAAUUCUAUUUUUAAUUGUGCUUAUACUUAAGAAACACAAGAGGUGA